UAGCAUUAACACGUUCUCACGUGAACGAAUGAUUCUCCUGUCCACAUUUUUGGACAGCUAGUGCCAGCUGUUCAGAAGAAGACAUGGAUCGUCAGUCAUUUGAUCGUCUUAGAACCAAGAAAGAUUCCAGUAAACAUUCAACGAGACAGUCGCACAAAGGCCGUCACUCAACGGGGCCUGCUAGAGCAGAGACAGUACAGAAAAUAGAAGCCCCUGAAACGCAAUCCGUGGGAAGAGGGGAACCAAGCACACACCGACGAGAGGAUAUAAGCACACACCGACGACAGAAAGUAGCAGUUCCGUUCGCUCUGGCAGUUCUUCUUGGUACUGCCAUUAUCGGCCUCAUUGUGUAUUUGAACCUCGGGAAGCCGAGCGCAGUCGCAAAGGUCAAGCACUGUACAAGCAACGCAUGCAAGCGAGCUACUGCCCAGUAUGAAUCGAUGCUCAACGCAAGCUUUCAUCCAUGCAAGAACUUUUACAAGUACGCCUGUGGGGGUUGGCUUGCUGGAACGUCUCAGGAGAGCUCCUACAUAGACGACGUCUUUGCUAGCGUCACCGAAGACGCCCACACUCUUCUGUACGAUCGAAAUAUCGGUGUGGUAGAACGGGAUCCAUUUUGGAACCUCGUGACGUUCUACAGGAGCUGCUACGACUUCGCUGUCGAUACGGCGAAGCGAGGCAUUGUUGCUGAGGCUAAAAAGGCUGUGGAAUCCUUGCAUACAAAGGAGUGGCUACUAGACGAUGCCUCCAGCUUGCUCGAGAGAGUGAUUCGCCUCAGCCUCGGCAAAGGAAUACCAACAGUAUUUGAUAUCUGCAUAAGGCCGUAUCGUGAAGAGCUGCGCCCACUCAGUCAAUCAAAAUACCACAUCGCUGUCAGCUUGGGUGAAUCCGUAAGCAAGAUGAUAAGACCAACUGCGGAAAAGUUCUCCCCAGAAGCCUUAAAGCCGUACAUAAUCUCACUCUUGGAAGCAAUUGGGAUUGACAUGACUGAUGCUUUCAUCAAAGACUUGAUCAAAUUCGAAGAGAAUUUUCAGCAAAGGUCAUACGAAUCAAGAGAAUCUUGGGACGACACUCCCUUCAAUUAUACGUCAUUACCUUCCUUUCCACCUCAUCUCCAAUGGGAGGACUGGAAAAACGCUAUUCAGCGAGAGAUCGUUGGUGCAAGUAAAAUACAGGACGAGCUGUAUGUGUACAAUAUGAAUGCCCUAACGAAUAUAACGAAGGACCUGUUUAUUGUGGAUUCAAAGCUACGUGCGUCUUAUGUAUCCCUUCUGGCCAUCACGAACAUACUGCGGUAUCGUUUCCAGACUUCGAGCGCCCAAGACACCUGCGUAGGCCUGGCGAUGAAGCACUUUCCUGUGAACACUAUUUACCUUAUCAGCGAGCAACGGAUCGUUCCCACUCUUCAGAGUACUUUCACAAUAUUCGUUAAAGGUAUUCAAAGUCAGGUUAUACAAGAAGUUGCGAAGGCGAUGUGGAUGACAAGAAAUCAUUUCGAAGCAAUGAGAAAUAUGAUUCAGGCGCUCGAGGUCCUGGUGCCAGAGACUUUGCCACCACUACUAAGCAGAGAUGUGCCUGUGAUGUCUGCGGAGUUCCCGGAAAAUUACGUUCGUAUCAGCGAAUACACACGUGCACUUGAAAACAAGUACCUCAAGUUCGGGACACAUUCAGCACGUGCUUUACGUGCAAAUGUUCGAAUUGACAAAGACGACUUCGAGUUCACCAAUGGCAUAAUGUGGGCGCCGUGGUUCUACGAUGAAAAGGAGGACACGUACAUCAAUUAUGCCACUGUGGGAGUACGGAUAGCCAUAGCAUUGUUCAAGUUCGUAAUGAGCAAGUCGACUCGUCUUCUUCAGUCGCAGGUAAAUCAGCAGUGGAAGGAAGGUGUCAGCUGCAUGCUGCAUGAAACUAAGCUGUUGCAGAGCAACUGGAGUGAGAGCGCACUGCGAUCAGCCUAUGAAGUUGCUCGUGGAACGUCUGUAGCAUUAAACUUGGCCUCUCCCCUGCCAGACAUUAAUGCGAAGCGAUUGUUCUUCGCAAGAUUAUGCCAGCAGUACUGCGAUCGGGGUGAUAUUUCGAAUGCCGACAUUACGGACUUCAGUCCAAUGAAGCCGAGCCUCUUGUGCGAAUUCGCAGUCCGUCAACAACCACUUUUUUGGGAAGCGUUUGGUUGCUGGAAUUUUAAAGGAAAUUGUUCUAUCACGUGACACAUGCAGUGUCUUGUGAACGCGGACCCAACUAGUGACUAUACCUGCAGAAUAAACUCUGUACACCUUGU